CGUCAAAUGAGCAGUUUGUCUUUCUACCUCGACGUUUUGCUCCCGAGGACCGGUGACCAGUCGGCUCUUUUGCCUCACUACUUCCAGUGUCUUCGUGUUGUUCAAUCGGCCAACUUUCUCUCUAACUCGCUAUCCGCCUCCGACGGCCUUCUUCAUGCCCCCUAUCUCUCUCUCUCCCUCCUCCACACAGUCCAGCUACUCAUCUACCACAGUUUACAUGUUCUGUCACAUCCGCCUAAUUACACGCUGCUGCCCAAUCCGGCCUAA